AUGGCCGGCGAAUCCACGUCUCGGGAGGCUCCUCCGUCGGGACCGGCGGCCAAGACGGGGGAAGAGAUGGACGCAGACACCUUCCCAGCGGGGCUACGUGUGCUCGCCGUCGAACACCACCGCGUCUGCUGCAAGCUCCUAGAGAGGCAGCUGAAGUAUUGCAACUACAACGCGACAAUGGUGACGAACGGCCAGACGGCGUUGGACAUGCUAAGGGAGAGGAAGGACGGGAACCAGUUCGACCUGGUGAUCAGCAACGUCGCCAUGCCCAAGCCCAACAUGGACGGCUUCAAGCUCCUCGAGCUCAUCGGCCUGGAGAUGGAUCUUCCAGUCAUCAGUAAAGCCCUUGCUCAAACUCAUUUUUCCAUUUUCAUGCAUGACAUUCUUCUGAUCGUGCAGACAAUAGCAAUCAUGAGAAUUUGUAGUACUACCAUUUUUGGAUGUUGUCCUGGAUAG